AUGGCUGCUGUUUCUGCCUUCGCCGUGUCUCCUGUCGCCCGGACAGCUGCGACGCGUCCAGGUGCAGAAAGACACUGGCCCAGCCAUCACUCCGCAAGGGCAGCGCAGCCACCAUCAGGUUGCCGAGGUGCGACUGUACUGGCCGUCGCGUCACUCAGUGCACUGCGAUGCCGGCCGAGCAGACAACGUUCGAGGAUAGUUGCCUGCGCAGCUAAGCCUGCCGACCCUCCAGCGCCCUGGGUGCUCAUGGAGGUGCCUGAGAAACCCGGGGAGUGGUACUACUGGAACGAGGAGACCGGUGAGAGCUCCUGGGAUGCCCCCUCCCAGGCGAGCACACCAUCCGCACCUGCACUAGGGGGAUCUUGGCAGAAAGCCACUUCGCCAGAGGGGCAAGUGUACUACUACAAUGAGGAUUCUGGUGAGACUUCCUGGACACUUCCCGAGGAUGCCCAAUUGCAGUCUGCGAAGUCCUCUGGAGGCCGCUGGCGAGGGACUGCUGGGCCAGAUGGGAAGGUCUACUACUACAAUGAGGUCACCCAGGAGACAUCCUGGACUCUCCCAGAGGGUGCAGAGUUCGUGGUUGACGGGGAUGAGCCCGUGCAGGAGGUUUCAGAGUUGCCAGAGGAAGGCGAUGACGAAGCACUGCCAGAGCAAGUGGUUGCCGAGCAGCAGCCUGCAGACGAAGAGCCAGAACUAGACGAAGACGAAGAGGCGUGGAUCGACGAAGAUGACGAGGAAGCGCUUCUAGAGCAGGCCUACGCCGAGCAGCAGGCUAUGGCUGAUGAGGCUGCCGCAGAACCGAAGGUUCCGAGCGAGGACCCGCAGUUGUUGCCAGAGGAAGGCGAUGACGAAGCACUGCCAGAGCAAGUCGUUGCCGAGCAGCAGCCUGCAGUUGAAGAGCCAGAACUAGACGAAGACGAAGAGGCGUGGAUCGACGAAGAUGAUGAGGAAGCGCUGCUAGAGCAGGCUUAUGCCGAGCAGCAGGCCAUAGCUGAGCAGGAUGCCGCAGAACCGAAGGUUCCGAGCGAGGACCCGCAGCUGCUGACAGAAGAUGACGAGGCAGUCCAAGAGCAAGUCGUGUCGAAGCAGGAGCCUGCAGACGAGCCAGACCUGGACGAAGAAGAUGAGGUGGUCGAAGAGGCUCCGAAGAAGCCUGUUGCGAGGAAGGCUACAAGGACUCCCAGGGCUCCUAAGCCAUCAGCCGCUACGAAUGGCACGCGAGUUGCGAAGGACACAGGCGACUUCUUGGAGAGUGUGCUGGGUCUUGAAGCGCAGGAGGUCUUGAGGCAGUGCCCGGAGCUGAAGAAGGUGCCGGUGCCAGAUCUCCAAGCGAAGCUUGAAUUCCUGCAGGAGGAGCUGCAUCCUCAUAGAGAGCCCUGGGCCGAGGCGGUUCGGAAAGACCCUCAGCUGUUGGCGGCCAAUCUGGCGGAUCUUAAGUCGGGCCUGGUGUGGCUGGAGGAGUUCCUCUGGAACCAGGAUUGGGCCGCGGGCUUUGGCCGCGCUUCGCUGGCCGAGGCGAUCCAGAACAAGCCAUUCCUGCUGUACCAGGGGGAGGACGCCCUGGAAGAGACAGUGGCAGCGGGCCGAGCUCAGAGGAUGCUAGUGCUCCUUUGA